AUGGUCAACAUCAGCAGCCCACUCUCAGCACUCCGACCAGGCCACCCAAGCUCCCAGCAGUCAUACUCUCGCCUCCCCAAUCAGCAGGCGGACGCAGACGGACCGAACUACUUUGACCAAGACGAUGAACUGGAUGCAGCCUUCAACGAACCAGCGGAUGAUGCCCAUGAGAGUCGUACCACUGAUGAGGAUGACGAGGAGGAUGAGGACGAACGGCGCGGACUAGUAUCCCACCAGGCUUCGGCAAGCAGCAGCUCGAAGGUAGUCCUUACGGACAAGCCCCAGGUCCCACCGAGCCGGACGUACGACUUCGAGCCCGACGGCUCGCUGCCCCGCUUCCAUCCGACUGCCGGCUCUCCAACCCCCUCACUCGGCCCGCCUUCACUGGUCAAGCUGGCCGGGAUGGGCGGCGGGGUACAGAACGACGGGGUGUUUGCGAACCUCAGCGCCAAGCCUGAUGGCCCGGGAACCCGACUCAAUCCAACCACAGGCCAGAUGGAGUUCGUCGGCGGAAACGACGAUGGCCAUCCCACCGACAAAGAGGAAGUCCUCCCUACCUACGACUCUGCCGCCCUCGAUUCUGCACCUCCAUAUUGGGAAACUACCGUCACUCUCCCUGGCGUCAACUCUGGCCCUUACGGCCUACUAGGCCCGGAUGAUGUGCUCGUCGAUGGACUUCCUGUCGGUAACUUAUUCGGCUUCGCUUGGAACUUGCUGGUCUCUAUGAGCUUCCAAUUUAUCGGUUUCCUUCUAACCUACCUGUUACAUACCUCACAUGCGGCCAAGAAUGGCUCACGAGCCGGUCUAGGGAUUACGCUAAUUCAAUACGGAUUAUACACGAGGACACGAGCGAUAGAAGGAACUGGUGGGACGGGCGCUGGAAACUCAUCCCACUCCUCAUCCUACAAUUCCUCCUCGAUCCCGCCGACAACAACAGAUCCCUGGGGCCUCUUCGGACCGUCGUCUACCAGUGACUGGGACGGCUCAACCGACAGGGGAUCUAAAGGCUCCCAGAACAUGCCCUACGACGGCAUCCCUAAUAACCAUGGCAAUGUAUCUGGCGCUGCUAAUGAAUGGCUCGGAUACAUCCUCAUCGCUGUCGGCUGGUUUUUACUUCUAGGUGGCCUUGUAAAUUAUUGGAGAGCGGUUCGAUGGGCUAGAGCCGUAAGGAGCGAGGAGAUGCUCGUCGGCACAUUAGCUUAA